AUGUUCUUUGACGACACUUGUCGUGCUCGCAACCUGGUCAGGUCUGCUGCUACUACGGUACUUAAGAAAGCCCCGUGGGGGCUGAUGCUUCUUUUGUCUGUUGUCAUUUAUGGCUCGCACGCUCCUCUCUUGACUCUCUGCAAGGACAAUGGGAAGAUCCCAUUCAGUGCCUCGUCUGUGGUGGUUUUGAUUGAGCUGACCAAGCUGGCGCUCUCCUUGGUUUUUCUGCUGAUCUGGGAUUGGAAGCAGCUCAGACUCUCCGUGUCGUGGCAACACGCAGCUCCUUUUGCUCUCUCGGCACUGUUGUAUGCAGCCAACAACAACUUGGUGGUCCACAUGCAGCUGUUCAUGGAUCCCAGCACCUACCAGGUGCUGAGCAACUUGAAAAUCGGCAGCACGGCCCUCCUUUACAGCAUGUUCUUGCGCCAAAGACUCACGCCCCGUAAGUGGGCAGCCCUCUCCCUGCUGACAGCUGCUGGGGUGCUGUAUACCUACGGAGGACUCCAGGAUGUUCAGCGCUCUCCUGCCUCUGCCAUGGAGCUGCAUAUCACACCCGUUGGCCUGCUGCUGAUCUCUGUGUACUGCUUGAUUUCUGGCCUUUCUGCCGUCUACACCGAAGUUACCUUGAAGGCCCAGGAUCUGCCUCUCAACCUCCAAAACCUUUUUCUUUAUUUUUUUGGUGUUUUGUUGAACGUGGCCAUCCAUCUGUUGAGCGCGUCGGCCACCGGGUACCUGGAGGGUUUCUCGUCGUGGGUGGUGCUAGUUAUUGUCAGCCAAGCCCUGAAUGGUUUGAUCAUGUCUGUGGUCAUGAAGCACAGCAAUAAUAUCACCAGGCUUUUUGUGAUCUCCUCCUCCGUGAUGGUGAAUGCCCUUCUCUCUGUCCUGUUGUUCAGCCUGCACCUCACUGCCUUUUUCUUCCUUUCCGUUCUUCUCAUUGGCCUGGCUGUGCACUUGUAUUACGGAGUCAGAUAG